UGGACGCCAUCGAGCCCAUGCUCAAGACGGGCGACGUAGAGGAUGAUCAGGUGGGUACAGACACGAGAGAGGUUAAAUGCCAUGGUGCAUCGGUGCAUCCUUCCGCCGUCGUGUGGUGGCGUGUUGUUUCAGUUGUUGUCGAUUGUCCAGCAGACCCGCGGCGUUACGGUGACUAUGACGCAGGCGGCGGCCAAGUCGCUGCCGGACGGCGAAAACAGCACACUCUACGGACGAUUCACCAAGUAGGCGCAAACACCGAUGGGGCGGUGUGGCCAUCCAUCCAUCCAUCUGUGGUGUCACUCAGGUAUGAUCCGUCGACUCAGUGUGGGCUGGACGAUGCGCGUCGUGUGGUCGACAUCGUGGUGCGGGCCCACCAGCAGCGGAGGGGCAUCACGGCGGCUGACGUCCGGAAGGCCAUGGGCAACACCAACCCGAAGCUGUUCCGCUGGGCCCUCGACGUGUUCGGCAUCGACGCCGAUGCUUUCCUCGGGCUGGCUGGCAUACAGCACCUGCAGAACAUCAAGCAGUGGGCGGCGCAGAUCCGCAGCUUCCCUGCCUUCCCUGACAUCCCCUUAGACGUUGGCGGGUCUGUCCUGCGCCUAUAUAAGUGAGCUGACACGUCACUGCAUCCCCCCUGUGGCACGCUAUCGCUUCUCCUUCUCUAUGUCUGUGUGUGUGUGUGUCUCAGGGCGAGUGUAGAUGGAUGGUGUUUCGGAGAUCUGCUGGAGGCGGUCGAGGCCCACGAGUACGAGCUGCUGCUGCUGAUCCUCCGCGCGAAGCGCACCGGCGAGCUGUUCGCGAGCGUCGUCAAUGGCAAGAUCGCCGUGACGGGGCCGGAGGAGGAGAUCUACUCUUACUGUGCCCCGCAUGCCUUCAACUUCAAGCUGACAGGCACUGCCGCACACCCACACGAAGGCUACAUCGGAGACAGCGGCAUCCACCUGGCGGGGCUGCAGGAGAAGCUGAAGAUGGCCGACCUGGCCAACACUGCCGGGCCCGGCCUGCCGUGCGUCCUUUGCACGGGCCGCUUCGACAUCGGCAUCAUGGCAGCCGGCGCGCAGGUCCCAGCAGCACCGGCGGACGUGCCGCUCAAGAGGUGCCAGGCAUCUGUGCAUAAGAGCGAUGACCGCUGGGGGGAGUGGGAGAGGCAGGAGGCUAGGCGGUUUCUGCCUGUGUCUGAGCUGGGUUUCCAGUUCGAGCUAGAUGAGAUGGAGGUGUUAAAGCUGAGCUGAGAGAAGGAGGGAGGAAGCAGGGAGGGAGGGAGGGGAGCGCUAGGUAGCCGGGGGCGGGCUGUAAUUUUGGUACAACGGAACAUUACGUAGGUAGUUUUUGAUUCUGUUGCUCUUCAGCAAGGCUUGCUUUGCAAGUUCCCCCCAUGCGGUGAGGAAUCUAAAACUUUUAGUGCCAGCUAAAUAAUAAGUUGCUCCGGCUGCACGUUUGGCUUGGUCUGGGCGGGUAUUUGGUGCCUGUGUAGCUGCGUGGGUUUUUCUCAUCGAUGGUAGCUGCAUGUGUUGCGUCGCGCACAGGGAGGGGCUAGAGGCAGGAGUUUAGUCUGUGGAUGGAUGGAUGUGGUGGUCUGGGUUUGGCCCCCCUGUUGAUACACAUACACAUGCUUAAGACGGCGAUGUCACCCUUGCACGUGGCAUCGACUCACUGACUAAAUUGGAGGAAGUGACGUGCCGGUGCGAUGGAUGCCCAGGCAUCACUCGGGAUAGCGCAAAGGCGUUUUGUGGUUGGUACUUCGGCUGCCUUUUACACAAAGUAGACAGACAGGCCACAUGCUGGCAGGCAGGCAUUGAGGUACACUCACGUGUCACAUGCGUGGCGUGGCACGGCACGGCGUAGACAGGCAGAUGCACAAGACAAACUCCCGACCGAGGGCAUGCGCGUGGACGCGCUGUGUGUGUAUGUGUGUGUGUUGGCUGAAAUGUUGCUCGACCACGAUGUCCGAGCCGUUCGUUAUCGUGAAACGGACUUUUUCUCAACUGAUCGCUCUGCUCCAGUUGUAAUGAUAGUGAUUCU